AUGUCGCUGUCGUGGCUGACGAGCGGCGACGCGUACAAGUCGCCGGCGUUCAUCGCGCUGGUGAGCGCGCUGUGCGUGGCCGCCGUGCUGCUGCUGCACCACUGCGUCCUCGUCAACUGCUGCCACGACGCCGACCGGCGGCGCCGCAGGCAGCACCUCCACCGCCGCGUCGUCGGCGUGGCCACCACGACCUCGGCCGACGCGCAGCGGCACCAGCAGGACAACGACGCCGAGGAGGAGGCGAGCGUCAGCGUGGAGGUGAGCGCGACGUCGCGCACGCACCUCGUCGCCGCGGCGGUCGUGGGCCGGUACCGCAAGGAGGAGGCCUGGAAGGAGACGACGUGCCCGGUGUGCCUGGCGGACUUCGACGACGGCGAGGCCGUGCGGGUGCUGCCGGAGUGCAUGCACUACUUCCACGCCGAGUGCAUCGACACCUGGCUGCGCGGGAGCACCAGCUGCCCGAUGUGCCGCGCCGAGACAACGCCCACGCCGUCGCCCACGCCAACACCUAGCUCGGCGUCCGUGCGCCACCACCUCGAGCUCUCCGUCUCGCUCGAGGAGAUCCUCGUCCGGACGGAGCAGCGCUCGGACCAUUUCCUCGGAGCACCGACGGCGUAG